AUGGGUGCUGAACAAUCCAAAGCAAGCUCACAUUAUGAUGAAAAACGUUCAGCUGCUGUAGCAGAAAUGACGUCAGCUGCCACCUCCUCAUCUCGUAUCUCCCAGCAACAAUUAUCCAAGUCGCUUGCCAAACUUUCGUUGGACAAGGAACAAAUCGAAAAGAUCCAUGCAAGCUAUGCACCUAUUUCUUCCGAUAGCUUGGAACGCUAUUCCAAGGAUUUUUGGGAUGAUAAUAAGAACCGCCUUGCAUUGAAUGCUGUCGUUGGCAACGAUCCUACCAACGUAUUGGUCAACCGUAGUGAAGCUAUCAAGGCCAACCAUGUGUUCAACGUCAAGAUUGAUGUGGAAGGCAAAAUCACCAACCAACGCUCUUCGGGUCGUUGCUGGUUGUUUGCUGGUACCAAUGUGCUAAGAUUGGCCGUUAUUGAAAAGUUCAAGCUUGACGAUGAUUUCGAGUUGUCGCAGAGCUACUUGUUUUUCUAUGACAAAUUGGAAAAGGCCAACUGGUUCUUGGAAAACAUGAUUGACCUUGCCGAUAAGGAUGUGAAUGAUCGUGUUGUGCAAUACUUGUUGUCGUCACCAGUGGGUGAUGGUGGACAAUGGGACAUGUUUGUAUCCAUCGUACAAAAAUACGGUGUUGUGCCCAAAUCCGUAUAUCCUGAAACGUAUUCUUCGUCCAAUUCCCGCCGCCUCAAUUGGUUGGUCACGGUCAAGCUGCGUGAAUUUGCUGUGCAGAUCCGCGAACAUUUGGCUGAACAAGAUGCUUCGGAAGCAUCUGUGCGUUUGCUCAAGGAGCAAAUGAUGCAAGAAAUUUAUCGUAUUAUGGUCAUUUCUUUGGGCGAACCACCAUCCACCUUUGAUUGGGAAAUCCAUGACAAGAAUGGCAAAUACAUCGGCAUCAAGAAUCUCACACCUACCAAGUUCUUCAAGGACAUUGUCAAAUACCCCAUUGCUGAUACCAUGUCAUUGAUCAAUGACCCUAGAAACAAAUACAACGCCCUUUAUACAGUGGAUCGCUUGGGCAAUGUUGUAGGAGGACAACCUAUUCGCUAUGUGAACACGGCUGUUGAGACCAUGAAGACGUUGGCCAUCAAUACGUUGAAAUCUGGCAAGCCUGUAUGGUUUGGAUGCGAUGUGGGUCAAUUCUCGAAUAACCCAUUGGCUGUCAUGAAUACCAAGAUCUACGACUAUGCCCUCGCUUUCAACACUGAAUUUGGCAUGUCCAAGAAGGAGCGUUUGUUGUAUGGCGAAAGUCUUAUGACACAUGCCAUGAUGUUCUCGGGCGUUGACCUUGAUGAUGCUGGAAAACCAAUCCGCUGGCGUGUAGAGAACUCGUGGGGCGACUCAACAGGUGAUAAAGGCUUCUGGAUUAUGACGGAUGAGUGGUUUUCAGAAUUCGUGUAUCAGGUUGUCCUCGAAAAGUCAUAUGUGCCACGCAAAUUGGUGUCAUUGUUGGACACCGAGCCCACUGUUCUUCCUGCCUAUGACCCUAUGGGUGCCUUGGCUUCGCCCAAGUAG